CUACCGAGCUCAAGUGGCUUCGUGAAGCGUGUGCUUGCUUGUCUGCGUUGGACUCGGUUGGCUUCGAUUCCCUGGAUUCCCUGGAUUUCGAGGUUCAGGAGCUUGGAGGAUUGCAGAAGAAGAUUUUUUUUUUUUUUUUUUUUUUUUUUUUAAUUUUCAGAUUGUGGGUUUUUCAUUUUGUUUUUCGAGGCUCUGAGGGGUGUGGAGCAAUGGCGUCUUGCUCCUCGUACUGCCAGCAUGUGUCGUCGUCAGCUGGGGUGAGGGGAUUGGCAACAAGCAGGUGUAAUGUGGUGCACGUCGGAGCUGGAAGAGUAGGCAUUCAAAUGGCUGCAGGAAUAUUGCAUCUCCGGGAGAAGAGUAUGACAGUUUGUGGAGAGAAGUUGGAGAUUUUGAACCCUCAUUGUCACAGGAAAUGGAGAAGAGGGAGCUGUGGUGGUGCAGUGGCUUUGUCUGCAAACGCUCUUGCAGCGCAGUUCGAUGAAGUAGUCGCGGAAAAAAGCGAUUCGCCUGUGAUUUUGGAGGUGCAGGGUUUAACAGCCGUAGUGUCAGACACGCGGCAGGAAAUUCUGAAAGGGGUGGAUCUUGUGAUUCGCGCUGGAGAGGUGCACGCAAUCAUGGGAAAGAACGGCUCAGGGAAGAGCACGCUAUCUAAGGUUCUAGUUGGGCACCCAGACUACGAAGUGACGGGGGGAACUGCCAUAUUCAAGGGAGAGAAUCUUCGCGAUAAGGAACCCGAGGAGAGAAGUCAUUGUGGGUUGUUUUUAAGUUUCCAGUCUCCAGUUGAAAUUCCUGGAGUGAGCAAUAUGGACUUUCUUCGAAUGGCUUGCAAUGCUCGGCGAAAAGCACAAAACCUUGAAGAACUUGGUCCACUUGAGUUUUAUGGAUUUGUUGCUGAGAAGCUUGGAGCUCUCAACAUGGACCCAAAAUUUUUGGACCGUAAUGUCAACGAGGGCUUCAGUGGAGGAGAGAAGAAGAGGAAUGAGAUUUUGUAAUUAUCAGUACUUGAAGCGGAUAUGGCAAUAUUGGAUGAAAUUGACUCUGGCCUGGAUACUGAUGCCCUACGAGAUGUUGCAACGGCAGUUAUUGGUUUGAAGAAGGAUGAUAACGCUAUCCUCAUGAUCACUCAUUACCAGCGAUUGUUGAACUACAUUGCUCCAACCUACGUACAUAUUAUGGUAACAUAACGUCCCAUAGCAACUCUACGUUAGCAGUUGGAAACUAUAAAAAAAAAAAACCAAUUUUUUCUUUUUUUAAUAAUUUUAGCCGUGUGGCAAGCAAACUCAUCUGUAGUUGAUUUUGAGUCGGGAACACCUGUUAACUUGUGUCUAAUGAAGAACCGUAGUUGAUUUUAAGGUAUACAUUUCUGGGGUUUGACCCGGACCUGCUAGCUGUAGAUUCGAAACCAGUAAGAUUGUUCCUACUUACAAUCUAGUUCGUUUCUGUUGGAGGAGGCUGGACGGAUCAUGCAAACUGGAGAUAUGUCAUUAGCAGCACAACUUGAAGCGGGUGGCUACAACGCUGUUCAAAGGUUGAUAGCAAGUAAUUAAUCACAGCAUGUUAAUUGUGCAGUCUAGAUUGCUGCAAAUGUACACUGGGCUUGCAUAAAUGGUAGGUACUUCUGUUUAUGAAAUGUAUCAUCGCAGUUUUGUCAUCCACGAAGCAUCUUCACAUACUAGUACCUUCUUUACUA